GUGCCAUGCCAUGCUUGCUUUGUGGUGGACGAUUUUGACCACUUCAGCAAUAUCUCUCGAUCAGGGCGGGUCCUAGGGGGACGUCCCAAUCAUACAGUAACAUAUAGAACCUUGAAUUCGGAUGCAUGUAUCUAGCGUCGCAUCAGGACCAUUCCUAUACGAGAUAGAAGAUAUUCGUGACAAUCAUCCCCGAAUUGAAUUAUUUCAGCCGUCGACCAAAUAAUUAGAAGGGAAUGACGAGAUAUUUAAAUAAGCUCCUGGAAAAUCGUUUAUACGCCACAAAUACGAUGCCUUGAUAACAUUUACAUAAUGACCAAUGGCUAAACCAAAGUCCAAAUUACAAAUGUGCUUGCGGUACAGAUCAAAUAAGGUUUAGAAAAGUAAUCAUAUGCACUUUGGUCGUCGGCCUGAAUAGUAUGAUAUACAACAUGACAAUAUGUAGUUGAAUGCCUUCAAGUUUCUUUGGAUUGUUUCAAUAUUAUUGAUCAUAUUGAUGGUUCUCUGCUCAUAACAAGAUGAAUAAUGUUAUUAAAAGUUUGAAGGAACGGAAGGCAUGGGAGCUAUGCCUUGCCUUCUUUCUCGCCCUGUUGCUAGUCUUCGCUGUCGUUGCCUGCUUCGUCUUCCCCCUGGUCCUUAACCUCGGAGACAAAGAUCACGACGUGACGCCGACGUCGGCGGCAGAUAUGGGAUACCGGUUUGAUGACGGAGCGGUCGCUGCCGAUGCAGAAAUCUGCUCGCAAGUCGGCAGAGACAUUUUACAAGAUGGUGGAUCGGCGGUAGACGCAGCAAUCGCAGCCAUGCUCUGUAUUGGUGUUGUUCAUCCUUCAAGUGCUGGUAUAGGAGGUGGAUUCUUCAUGACCGUGUAUGAGCGAGAGAGUGGUACUACUCGGGUCAUCGACGGCAGAGAAAGGGCUCCCUUUGCUGCCAACGAGACGAUGUUUGUUGAACAUCCAGAACUUUCUUUAGCGGGUGCAUUAAGCAUUGCGGUACCAGGUGAGCUCCAUGGUUACAAGCAAGCUCAUGAUCUCUACGGAAUCUUACCCUGGAAUCAGCUUUUCCAACCUGCUAUCGCGAUCGCAGAGGAAGGAUAUCUGAUCGAUAGAACCAUGGCGGCUGAUAUCGUUAACAACGAAGACUAUAUCAGAUCCGACGUGGGCUUGAGCUCUUUGUUUCUCGAAGAUGAUGGCAAUCUGAAGGAAGAGGGUGAUAUGGUUGUUAAUCCCCUACUAGCAGCAACAAUGAGAAGACUUGCUACAGAAGGAGUUGAUGUCUUCUAUACGGGUGACAUUGCUCAGACCUUGGUUGAUGAAACCCAAAAUAUAGGGGGUAUCAUUACCCUAGCCGAUAUGUCAUCGUAUGAAUCCUUGGUAAAACAACCAUUACAUGUCAACUUGUUUGAUGGACUGACUGCUUUGACAGCCCCACCUCCUUCUAGUGGUGUCGUGGCCGAGAUGAUCAUGAAUAUCAUGGAUGAAUACAGCUUCACGCCUGACGAUAUAUCAACGUUAGAGGGGGAAACGUUGAUGUAUCAUCGCUUCAUCGAAGCCACAAAGUUUGCAUUCGCAAAGAGGGCUCAACUUGGAGAUACAGAAUAUGAACCGGUACAAGAUCUCAUAUCAAAUAUGACUUCAGAAGACCUUGCAUCUCUGAUUCGCCAAAGUAUCGAUGACGUGAGGGUGACGUAUGAUAACGUCACACAAUAUGACGCGCCUUUUGUGAAUACUUUCGAUGAGGGCACGUCACAUCUGUCCGUGAUUGCACCAAAUGGGGAUGCAGUGGCAAUGACAAGUACCGUUAAUAAUGGGUUUGGAUCGAAGUUCAUGUCACCGACGACCGGUGUCAUACUCAACAACCAAAUGGACAGUUUCUCUACUCCAGGGCUUCGAAACUCAGACGGUAUCGCUCCAUCAUCGCCUAAUUUCAUCAAGCCAGGCAAACGCCCCAUGUCAUCGAUGAGUCCGACGAUUCUUUUGGCUGAGAACGGUGACGUCAGACUCGCUUUAGGCGCGUCGGGAAGUUCGCGAAUGAUCACUUCGAUUUCACUGGUAAGCUUGCGAACUCAACGUUUUGAAGAGGAUUUACGUGACGUCAUCAAUCAACGUAGAAUUCAUCAUCAGUUGUCUCCAAAUUACAUUCAGUAUGAGAACGGAUUUAGUGAGGAAAUAAUGUCAGGAUUAGAAAACAAAGACCAUGAACUUUAUCUUCAGACGAGAUACGCCGUCGUGCAGGCAAUUCUACGUGAUCGUGAGGGCUCCCUCUUUGCUUUCUCUGAUCCAAGAAAAGGAGGAGUCGCUGCUGGUUUUUGAGGAGGCUGGGCUGAGCCAUAGAGAUGUAUAUCUCUAUGGACUGAGCCUUGAUAUUUUAAUAGGGGCACGAUAUAAAGUGGAAUAUUUUUUUAUUGAUUUGAAUAAGGAAAAAUUGUUAUUUUGCUCCAACCAUUUAGCGCUUCUACAACAUAACUACCCUGAAGAUUCUCAAAAUGAUUUUAUCAAAAUGUUAAUAAUUAUAUAAUUACUUGCAUUAAAUAUAUUUCAUAACAGGGAGGAGAUGGAAGGGAAGAGGGAGAGAGAGAGGGGGGGCAAUGGGACAGAGAGGGGAAGGAUGGAAAAUAGAAUGAGGAAAUUGAGUGAGGUAGAGAGAAAAAAGAAAGGGAGUAGGGAGGGGGGGAGUAAAAUUAAGGGUUAGGGUGAAUAUACUGUAUAAGAUACAAAAAUGCCUACAUAAGAGAUGACUCCUGUAUUGAUUAUGGGUUAGAGGUUUUCCAAAUACAAUAUUUACAGGGUUCUUUUGUUUUUCUUUCAUUCUUUUGUUCUUCUUUUCGAUAUUAUUUUUUUUAGGCCUACAGCUAUUGGUCAAGACUUGAAUUUUAUCAUGUAAACCGUUUUUGUGCAUUCAUUACUUGUUUAUAUUGUUUGCGUGGAUGUUUGGUGUAUAUAGCUAGGUGUGUGUGGGGGUGGGUGCAUGGGGGGUCUCUAAAAACAUUUCCUACGUUGUACUGGGGUAAUGGACGCAGUUGUGAUGAAGGGGUGGGUUUUAUUAUAUUUCGGCGCACAAUAUUUAAUUUUAGACUUUUUUAAUUCGUCGUCAAUUACAUUUCACUUUAAGCAUGUUAAUAUUCGAAUGUUUCAUUUACGUAAUAACUAUGUGCACACGUAUGGGCUUACUUGUAAUUUGUAUUUAAAAAGGGGGAAUGUAUGUUCCUAUUAUUUUUUUGGAAAAAAUUACAAGACAGAAAUGAUAUUGUACCUUGUUGAGGUGUAUGGGAUGAAAAGGCCUACAUUAAAAUUAAUAUUACCAAAACCUGA